GUGUUGGAGAAGUGCUCUCUCACUGAGGCCAGCACCGCACUCAGUGAAGAAGUGAGAGGUAGAACAGAAAGAGGAAGAGUCAAUAUGUGUAGGAGGGGAGAAAGACAAAUUACUGACAGUAAACAGAGAACAGAGAGAGAGAAAGAGAGAGAGAGCAGUCACACACUGAAAAAUAAGACGGAGUGAGAGAGGGAGAGGGAGGAGGAGAAUAAGCUCCAUCAGUGCUGAGACAGUCCGCGUGGUGACACAGCCACACACAGACAGACAGGGAGGGAGAGAGAGAGAGAGAGAGAGAGACCCUCUGUCUUUCACACACGCGCACACAUACGCACACACACAUACGCAGACAGACUCGCAUGGACACGCUGACAGCAGCAGCACGCAGAGGAGCUGAAGUUCUGAGAGCGUGAUGAGCUAUGGAGAGCAUGUAUCUGGGUAACACAUGUCAGGGCACCCUUCUGCCCACUCUGAUGCGGCCGCCCCUCCCUGCUGCCAUGCAGCCUGCCCUGGGCAUUAAGCAGUUCCUGCCCUUUUCCCUCGAACCCACGUCAGGGGUCAGUCUCUUCCCCAGCUUCAGUGCGAUGGAUCCUGUUCAGAAGGCGGUGAUCCAUCACACGUUUGGGGUGGCCCCCUCGCCCAAGCGCAAGUACAUCUCGUGCGGCGUGUGCCAGCUUCGCUUUAACUCGCAGAGCCAAGCCCUGGCCCAUUUCAAAGGGACCAAACAUGCCAAGAAGCUGAAAGCCCUGGACUCCCCCAAAUGCAAGCAGAAAGGCUUGCUGGUCGCCAGGGAAACCAGCGGCAAAGAGACCCCCAGAAGCUUCUCUCCAGCGGCGACAUCCCUCAGUGCGGAGAGAAAAGAUGGCGGUCCGGCUGCGUUGGUGCCGCACGUGCCCGCCUCCGUACCCUUGCCCCUCGCUCUGCCUCCAGCGUCCAGUAUGAGCGGGGGCCCGGGGGCAGACGGCAGCCCGGCGGCGCCAGGAGCAGGGGAUGAUGGGAUAGCGGUGAACCCCGCCAGCCCCGCCGGACCCACCCCACCAAACCCACAGACGCCCGAGGACCAGACAGCGGGCGAGAUGCAAGGAGAGACGGAGGGAGAGAUGGAAAAAGAGACAGAGGCAGAAGAGACGGAGACGGAGGAGGAGAAGGCCAAGCGUCUGCUGUACUGUUCGCUCUGCAAGGUGGCUGUCAACUCCCCCUCCCAGCUGGAAGCGCAUAACAGCGGCACAAAGCACAAGACCAUGCUGGAGGCCCGGAGCGGCACGGGCUCCAUCAAGUCCUUCCCCCGCCCCGGCGUCAAGGCCAAGGUGGCGCCGCCAACCGCAGCGAUCACAGGCCUGCAGAACAAAACGUUCCACUGUGAGACGUGCGAUGUGCAUGUUAACUCCGAGACACAGCUGAAGCAGCACAUCAGCAGCCGACGUCACAAAGACCGAGCGGCAGGAAAGCCGGCCAAACCUAAAUAUAGCCCCUACACCAAACCCCCGAGAGGACAGACUAAACAACCGGGGAAGCUGUCGCUGGGUAAGGAGCUGUGCCAGGCGCUGCCGGCCGGGUUGAUGCCCUCUCAUCUAGCGGCCAUGGCUGCUGCUGCCGCUGCCAUCAACUCUGCCUUCCCCAUGCGCUCCAGUGCUACCCCCUCCCUUUUUCAGACUCAGCCCCUCCCCGCCGCGCUCCUCCGCCCCGCCCCUGGGCCUGUCAGGACAGCCCACACGCCCGUGCUCUUUGCUCCCUACUGACCUCUGAACUUUGAACUUUGGACUGCCUGCCGGAGGGCAGGUUCAGGCUUGGGAGUUCCCCAAGGCACUCCACUUGGGACCUUUCCAAUCAACAGCUACACCCCCCCACCACCCAAAAAACCUCUCUGAUCCUCCCCUUUGGAUCUGGACUUUUGUUUGAUAUCACACCGCAAUAAUAAUAAAAAAAAAACACACCAAGGUAACUAUGCAGUGUUGUUCCAGACUUGAAGCUCUAAAUGUGUAAGGAAUAUAUUGAUUUUUUUAGAUUAACUCUGUGUCCAUUAAGGUCAUUGCUUCUGUCAGAAACAUGUUCUGCUAUGAGAAUAUUGAUACAGAGAGUAGACAGGCGGGGGAAAUGGUCUUUGCUGUUUGCACUUUAACCCCCUUUUACGCUGGAUGUCCUCAGUAGUUUAGAUGUCUGUGACUUAAUCCCUCUUGUAUAGUAUAUGUGUAGGUGGCUAUUUGUGUGUGUGGGAUUGGAUUUAUGUGUGUGCCUGCCUGUGUAUGAGCAAAUGUGUAGUUGUGAGUGCAUGUGUAUGUGUGCAGAGACAUCUGAGAGAGAGAGAGAGAGAGAGAGAGAGAGAGAGUAUAUGUUUGUUUGUUUGUGUGUGUGUGUGUGUGUGUGUGUGUGUGUUUGUUUACUUACAGCAGUGCAAUGUGAGGAUGAUUGGGACACCUACGUGAUCAGGAGAUCAGAAGCGGGAUCUUCUCCAAAUUGAAAUGCUGCUGCUCUGUUUCUAGAUCCCAUAGCGUAUGGAGCGCUGGCUGCCACGCAGAGAUGUGUACAUACAUACAGGCGAGGCACGCGUCGCGUGUGUACGGAUUAGUGAUGUGAGUGGGAGACAAGGACUGUGAGAGCCCGCCCUCCACCUCUGACAUCCUUGCAGACAUCACAAUGAGUAUGUCAUAGGACUACAGCAAAGCUUGUCUUAUCUGAGCUGUCAAUGUGAAAAGAAGAUGAAUCAUUUCAUUUCAAAUAAAGAAACUUACUUUGUUA